GUAAAGAUUUAGAACAGUGUAUAUAAAGUGACUGGCAUUGUUUCACAGUAUUUUUUUAUUCUUUGUUCCAAGACCAUGUUUGUUUGUUUGUUUGUGGAAAGGGUGUUUCUAGCUGUCCUGGAACUUGCUCUGAAGAGCAGGUUGGCUUUGGACUCAGAGAUCCACCUCCUGAGUGCUAGGAUUAAAGUUGUGUGUCACCACGCCCAUUUAGCAGUAUUUUAAUACUUAGGACACCACAGGAAAAAUGAUAAGGAAUUACUAAUGUUGCAAGUUGAGAAAUAAACUUCACAAACCAUAUCAAUGUUAUGGGCAGGUGACACAUAGCCUUCUGUAAAGGAUAGAUGACUUCUAGAGCAUGCUAUAAACUUAUCAUAUUCUAAUGACAAUUGUGGAAAACACUAAAGGGGGAUGAGAGCCAUUUCAAAGAUCAAAUUGGUAGGAUUUAGUGACCAGUUGGUAAAGAAUAACAUGGCUACGUAUUAUGUUCUCCAGAGCAGCUGGUUUUGUUUUGAGAAUCUUUUUUUAACUUAAGUAUAUAUGUGUCUGAAUGUAUGCAUGUGUACCACAUGCCCACAGAGGUCAGAAGAAUGAUUUGGAUCCCCUAGAACUAGAGUUAUAGGAGCUUGUGAGCUUUGACUUCUAGGAACUGAACCUGUGUCCUCAUGAGCAGUGAGUGUUCCUAACCACUAUGCUAUCUCUGCAGACCUCUCCACCGCAGCAUUUUUAAGUGUUGAAAUUACAUUUUUUCUAAUUAAUCUUCACAGUAACUCUAUUAUAUAGAUAAGAUUUGUAUCCACAUUUUAUGAACCACAGAGAUGAGGAAACUUACUCAAAGCACAUACAGGCUUGCUUGAUCAAAUUUGUGGGUUACAGUGUUAGUGAGGGUAAAUGGGCUUUGGAAGGAAAGGAUAAAUUUCCUUUGGAAUGUUAUUAUAGAACCCUGGGAAAUUACAAAUAGCAUUGAGAGUAUAGCAAGGACUGAGGAGUAGUUCAGUGGUUGGAUAUUGGCCUAGGAUAUGGAAGACCGUCAGCAUGAGGGAGACAGACAGAAGAGGGUGAAGUGUAGGGUCUCUGUAACCCAGGUAUUGCCAUGUCACUAACUGGUCUCUUCAGGCCCAGUGUAAGGAGGCUAAAUUGUUCUAUAGUUUAUGUGACUUUCUGUUUAAUCUGUAUCAUGUUCUAAAUUGAAGAUGUAUUUUAUCAUUCUGAGCUGGAAUAUGCUAAGCUACAAAAGUAACCCUUAAGAGAAACAGGAAGGAGGGCCUGUAAGCUAAGAGAGUGGACUGAUAACUGUGGCAUUCUGUGGUUGUUCUUAUUUAUUUAUUUAUUUAUUUAUUUAUUUAUUUAUUAUGCAUUGUUGUUUUGCCUGUGUAAGGGUGUCUGUCCCCUGGAACUGGAGUUACAGUCUUGAGCUGCCAUGUGGGUGCUGGGAAUUGAGCCAGGGUCCAGUGGAAGAACAGUCAGUGCUCUUAACCGCUAGGCCAUCUCUCCAGCCCCACAUUCUGUGUUUCUACUCUUCUGUCUACCCUGCUUUAGAUCUAGUAGAUGUAGAUAGUGUGGCUAUAGAGAUUCCAGUAUGCCUUAUUUAGAUCAGUGCUUCUCAACCUUCCUAAUGCUGCGACCCUUUAAUGCAGUUUCUCAUGAUGUGGUAACCUCAACCAUAAAACUAUUUUGUUGCAAUUUCAUAACUAAUUUUGCUACUGUUCUGAAUUGUAAUGUAAACUUCUGUUUGAUAUGGGACCUGGAAUAGGUCUCGACCCACAGGUUGAGAACCACUGCCUUGGACUGUUGGCUUUAAUGGAAGAGAACUGUAUAGUUUGAAGUCUGCCCUUUCUAAGUAACUGUUAGCAGUAGAGCCUGCUGUGUGAUUGUUGUAGUCUAUGUUUAUAUUUAUACCUUACCGCCUUAGAAAAGAAUUUGAAAUGCUUAAUGCCAUAUUUUCGUGAUACAAACAAGGCUGGCUUCAGACUCACAGAGGUCUACUUGCCAGUACCUCAUGAGUGCUGGGAUUUAGAUGUAUACAACCAUGCCCAGCUCUGGGUACUUUUAAAUAUAUCUAACCACUUCACAAAUAUGUAGUGACCAAAUUGAAGCCUCUGCCUCUCUAUAUUUAGAUUAUAGUGGGGUAGAUAGACAGCUCUUAAUUCCAGAGAGUGAUGAGCAUAGAAAGAAAAGUUUGGAGUAUAGUUUACUUUGACAUCAAGGGUACUAUUUUAGGUUGGAUGAAAGAAAAGGCCUCUUUGAGACAGUGACAUUCACAGAUCUGGGUGAAUAUUAAACUAUACAGGUGUUGGGGAAAGAGACAGCAGAAAGAACAAAGGCCUGCAGACAGAAAUGGCUUUAGCAUAUUUAAGGAACUUAGGGGUGGACAUGUUAUAAGCUUGCUGAAAGAGUUGUGGAAGAUAAAGUUGGAGAAAUGUGUCCAGGUCAGAUUAUAUAGGACCUAGUAAACCACUGUAAGGUCUUUGGACUCUGUGCUGAAUGUGUUAAGUCUUUGGGAGUGUUUGUACAAAGAAUUGUCCUGAUUUACAUAUUUCAGUGAUUAUUAGCCUAUGCAGAAAAUGGAUUAUAAGAAAGCAGUAGUAGAAGCAAGUAAACUAUUAAGGAAGAUCUUGGAUAGUUAAGUGAGACGUGAUAAUAACUUGGAGUUGAGUGGUUUAUUAGAAUGAGAAGUGUUAAUGUUCAGGCUAUAUUUUAAAGCCAGUGCUAGUACAACUGCUAAUGAAUUGACUGUACAGUGGGAGGAAUUGAGACUACUUUCUAAUCUUACUCUCUGCCUUGUAGUUGGUAUUUCUCAAUGUGAUAAAAAUCUGUUAAAAUUUUAGAACUUGGGGCAGGAGAGAUGGCUCAGAGGUUACGAGCACUGCUUGUUCUUCCAGAGGUCCUGGGUUCAAUUCCCAGCAACUACAUGGUGGUUCACAACCAUCUGUAUUGAGAUCUGGUGCCCUCUUCUGGCUUGCGGGCAUAUAUGCAGACAGAACACUGUAUACACAAUAAAUAAAUCUUUAAAAAAUAAAUUUAGAAUUCUGUUUUUAUCAUGUUAAGUUUAAGAUACCCUCUAAAUGAACAAAUGGAGAUGUCAAGUACAAUUGACUAUUGGAAUGUGGAACUAAUGAGAGAAUAUGGUUUGUGAGGUAUAUAUAUAGCCCAAUACUGAUUAGCAGGACCCUCAGAAAGGUUGAGUCAAGAACAGAGGCCAAGAUCCAAGAUAUGAGUCUAGUCAUAGACAACGUAUUAAGGUAAAACACAGUAGAAGAAACUAGAAGAGGGAAACUCUUUAAAACUUUAUGAAGAAAAGAUCUACAAUGAAGGAAUUUGUGACUGUAAGUGCUGCUGGGAGGUCAGAAUGGAAACUGAAAAUAAAAAAACUAUGGAAGAAAGCACUGAGAAGAGAAAAGAAGAAAAAAAGAAACGCUCAAGGGUUAAACAGGUGCUUGCAGAUAUUGCCAAGCAGGUAGACUUCUGGUUUGGGGAUGCAAACCUUCACAAGGACAGGUUUCUUCGCGAGCAAAUUGAAAAAUCUAGAGAUGGAUAUGUGGACAUCUCUCUUCUGGUAUCUUUUAACAAAAUGAAGAAGUUAACCACUGAUGGGAAGCUAAUAGCAAGAGCAUUGAAAAGCUCAUCUGUGGUAGAGUUGGACUUAGAGGGAACCAAAAUCCGGAGAAAAAAGCCCCUAGGUGAGAGGCCAAAGGAUGAGGAGGAACGCACCGUGUAUGUGGAGUUACUCCCCAAAAAUGUUACUCAUAGCUGGAUUGAAAGAGUAUUUGGGAAAUGUGGCAAUGUGGUUUACAUAAGUAUUCCACAUUACAAGUCUACAGGGGAUCCCAAGGGAUUUGCCUUUGUGGAGUUUGAAACGAAAGAACAAGCAGCAAAAGCCAUUGAGUUUCUUAACAACCCACCCGAAGAAGCACCAAGAAAACCUGGCAUAUUUCCCAAGACAGUUAAAAACAAACCCAUCCCUUCCUUAAGAGUAGCUGAAGAGAAGAAAAAGAAGAAGAAGAAGAAAGGCAGACUAAAGAAGGAAGACAGUGUGCAGGCCAAAGAGUUAAGUAUAGACACCGGUAGCACGGAUGUGUGCAAAGCUAAGAGACCAAGGACGGCCUCCGAAGAAGGCUCUGAAGCAGAGAUUCCUGACGUUCCAAAGCAACCUGCAAAGAAAAAGAGGAAACGAGACAAGGUCGAGGCAUCCGUCUUACCUGAAGUCAGAACAGGGAAGAGGGAGCGAAGCAGCGCUGAGGACGAAGACUGCCUCCCCCCCAGGCCAAAAACCAAGAAAAGGACUCAGAAGGAUGGCCUUAGCGAAGCUGCUUCUGAAGUCUCCAAGGAAAGCAGAGACUUAGAAUUCUGCUCUACAGAAGAGGAGAAAGAGACUGGAGACACAAAAGGUGACUCACUCCUGAAAGUGAAGAGGAAGCAUAAGAAAAAACAUAAGGAGAGACAUAAAAUGGGAGAAGAGGUUAUACCGUUGAGAGUGUUGUCCAAAACUGAGUGGAUGGAUUUGAAAAAAGAGUACUUGGCGCUGCAGAAAGCCAGCAUGGCUUCUCUGAAAAAAACGAUAUCUCAGAUAAAAUUGGAGUCAGAAAUGGAAACAGACUGUGCCGCGGCUGCUGAGUCUGGAGUGAAUAAUGGGAAAGUUGGCCCUCCAGAGUGCUGCACCCAGGGGAAGGCCAGUGCACAAGGUCCACAGUUCGUGAACGGAGUUAUUGUGAAGAUCACGAGCACAGAGCCUCUACCUGGCAGGAAGCAAGUCAGGGAUAUUUUGGCCACAAUCUCAGAAGUUGUUUACGUUGAUUUGCUAGAAGGAGAUACUGAAUGCCAUGCCCGGUUCAAAACUCCCGAGGAUGCUCAGGCGGUAAUGAAUGCACAGACUGAAAUUAGAAAGAAGCACUGUUGGAACCUCGAGGUCCUUUCUGGUGAUCACGAGCAGAGGUACUGGCAGAAGAUUUUGGUAGAUAGACAGGCCAAACUUAAUCAACCUCGGGAGAAGAAAAGAGGCACGGAGAAGUUAAUCACCAAAGCUGAGAAGAUUAGACUGGCCAAGACUCAACAAGCCAGUCAGCACAUUCGGUUCUCUGAGUAUGAUUGAGAAGGACGGCAGCUCCCUUUGGGUUUCCCUUUCUGGAGCGUUCUUAGAAUGCUAGGACUGCUUGAUGGAUGUUCUACUGAGUUCUACAUUAAAAAAAACAAAAAGAAACCUUUGUUCCUCAAUGUGUAAAUAAGACUUUUCUUAAAAACAAAUGAAUUAUAUGUCACAGUUUUUUUUUUCAAUGAAGCUCUUACUUGUUGAAAUUAUGCAGGUCAACUUAAUGAUUUCAUAAAUAAAUGGGUUUUGAAAAUUA